AUGUGGACUUUAGUGUGUAUAGCGUUAUUAAUUUCAUUGUUUUUGUAUCAAGUUCUGGUUAACACAUUGGGAAACAAACGGCUCAACAAGAUUCCAGGACCAAAUGGAGUACCUAUUCUUGGAAAUGGUUUUGAUUUUUUAAUGUCGACUGAGUCGGUAUUUUAUUAUUUUAGAUAUUUGGCAAAUAAGUAUAAGAAUAUUUUUGAAAUAAGUCUGGCGAACAAUCAAUAUUUAGUCCUUUUACAUCCAGAAGAUGUGGAGACGGUAAUUAGUAGCACUAAACAUAAUGAAAAAGGUUACCUUUAUAGCUUCCUUCGAGCAUGGUUACAUGAUGGGCUUCUAUUAAGCAGUGGUAAAAAAUGGCACCAAAGGAGGAAAAUACUUACGCCAGCAUUUCAUUUUAAAAUUCUACGCCACUUCAAUUCUAUAUUAAGUGAUAAAAGUGCAAAACUUGCUGAAAAAUUGCGGUCGGAAGUGAAUCGUCCGAAAACAAACAUUUAUUCUUUCAUUACAGAUUUCACAAUAAAUUCAAUUUGCGAGACGGCAAUGGGAACUGCCCUAGACGAAGAAUCAUCUACGGUCAGCAAAUCUUACAAGAAAGCAAUUCAUGAAUUGGGAAUACAUAUAUUUUAUAGAAGUAUAAGGAUAUGGCUACAUCCAGAGUCAAUUUUUAAUUUAAGUCAAUUAGGACGAGCUCACAGGAGAACUUUAAAUUUUAUCACCUCAUUUCGGGAUUGUGUUGUUAAGCAACGACGACAAAAUGAAUAUUUUGACGACUUGUAUACAAAAACAAUGAAUGAAAGUGGUGAUGACGAUGAUUUUUUUAGUAAUGAUAAAAAACGUUUGGCAAUGUUGGAUCUUCUUUUGCAUGCAGAGAAACAAGGAUUUAUUGAUUCAGAAGGCAUCAACGAAGAAGUUGAUACCUUUAUGUUCGAGGGUCAUGAUACAACUGCAACUGCUCUUCAAUUUGCAUUUAUGUUACUUGCUAACAACCCGAAUGUUCAAGACAUGAUACUAGAAGAAUAUUUUUCAAUUUUGGGCUCAUGUAACCGAAAGCCUACGUUAUCAGAUUUGUCAGAAAUGAAAUAUUUGGAAGCAUGUAUAAAGGAAUCAUUAAGACUUUACCCACCAGUAUAUUUUAUUGAAAGGAAAUGCGACGGCCCACUGAUUUUAAGAGAUAGCGAAAGGCUUACUCCAAGUGGUAUUACAAUUUUGAUAUUUGACUUACAUAGACGCUCAGAUCAAUUCGUCGAGGCUCUGGAGUUUCGACCCGAAAGAUUCUUGAAAGAACCAACUUGGCAUCCAUUUUCAUACCUACCAUUCAGUGCUGGACCAAGAAACUGUAUAGGUCAGAAGUUUGCUAUGAUGGAGAUGAAAUUGGCAAUAACUGCAGUUCUGUCCAACUACCGUUUGCUUCCAGUCACCAAACCACAAGAUAUUGUAUUUGUAACUGACAUUCUUUUACGCACUAGGGAUCCAAUUUUUGUAAAAUUUGAAAAACGUCAAUGCCGGCAUAUAACAUCAAAUAACAUUUUAUCAAAAAAUUUAUCUUUUACUCUUCUUUCAGAGUCGGUGUUUUAUUAUUUUAGAUAUAUGGUAAAUAAAUAUAAGGAUAUAUUUGAAAUAAACCUAGGGAAUCAAAAAAUUUUCGUUCUUGCUCAUCCAAAAGAUGUGGAGGCGGUAAUUAGUAGCACUAAACAUAAUAACAAAGGUUACCUUUAUGGCUUCCUACGACCAUGGUUACAUGAUGGACUUCUAUUAAGCAGUGGUAAAAAGUGGCACCAACGGAGAAAAAUACUUACCCCAGCAUUUCACUUCAAAAUUCUACGCCACUUUAAUUCUGUGCUAUGUGACAAAAGCGCAAAGCUUGCUGAAAAAUUGCAGUACGAAGUGAAUCGUCCGAAAACAAACAUUAAUUCAUUUAUUACAGAUUUCACAAUAAAUUCGAUUUGUGAGACAGCAAUGGGAACUGCUCUAGACGAAGAAUCAUCUACGGUCAGCAAAUCUUACAAGAAAGCAAUUCAUGAAUUGGGAAUACAUAUUUUUUAUAGAAGUAUAAGGAUAUGGCUACAUCCAGAGUCAAUUUUUAAUUUAAGUCAAUUAGGACGAGCUCACAGGAGAACUUUAAAUUUUAUCACCUCAUUUCGGGAUUGUGUUGUUAAGCAACGACGACAAAAUGAAUAUUUUGGCAACUUGUAUACAAAAACAAUGAAUGAAAGUAGUGAUGAUGAUGAUGAUUAUUUAGUAAAUAAUAAAAAUCGUUUGGCAAUGUUGGAUCUUCUUUUGCAUGCAGAGAAACAAGGACUUAUUGAUUCAGAAGGCAUCAACGAAGAAGUUGACACCUUUAUGUUCGAGGGUCACGAUACAACUGCAACUGCUCUUCAAUUUGCAUUUAUGUUACUGGCUAACAACACGCAUGUUCAAGACAUGAUAUUAGAAGAAUAUUCUUCAAUUUUGAGCUCAUCGAACCGGAAGCCUACGUUAUCAGAUUUGUCAAAUAUGAAAUACUUGGAAGCAUGUAUUAAAGAAUCAUUAAGGCUUUACCCACCAGUAUAUUUUAUUGAAAGGAAAUGCGACUGCCCACUGACAUUAAGAGGUAUUGAAAUGCCGGCUCCGAUUAAUAUUUCAAUUUCAAUACUUGACAUACAUAGACGCUCAGACCAAUUUGUCGAAGCUUUAGAGUUCCGACCCGAAAGAUUCCUGAAAGAACCAACUUGGCAUCCGUUUGCUUACCUACCAUUCAGUGCUGGACCAAGAAACUGUAUAGGUCAGAAGUUCGCUAUGAUGGAGAUGAAAUUGGCAAUAACUGCAGUUCUGUCCAACUACCGUUUGCUUCCAGUCACGAAGCCACAAGAUAUCGUAUUUGUAACCGACGUGAUCUUACGCACAAGAGAUCCAAUUUUCAUAAAAUUUGAAAAACGUUAAUUUCAGUUUAUACGAGUUAUAUUAAAAGAGCAUUAUGCUUGAUUUAAUUUGUAGUUAGGUUGUGGGCUGUUGUGGGUAUGUAGGUACGUUAAAUUCGUUUUAAUCCGACUUUAGACCAGGUUUUUAUACGUCGUACUUUUUUAUGUAAGUAUGUAGUGUAAUAAUAGAGAAAUCUGGGGUCACGGUACUGACCUCAGAUUUAGAUACAGAAAACACUACGGCGACGGACGCCAGAAGGAAGGGUAAUGGUUUUGGCACUCCAUUUUAUUUACUUAUGUAAAAGGGGUCUAAAAAUAACGAAACAAGAACAUUAUUUCAGAUCGAAAUAGAAAAAUGCAAUGGAGGUACAGGUACACCUCCAUUUUAAACAUAAGUAGGUACAUGAUAUGCAUGUAAUAGGUGCGACAACGGCUCUACCGUGACCUAUUUUGCACAUUAUACUUUUCUCUAUUUCGGUCUGAAAUAUUUUUUUGUUUCGUUCUUUUCAGACUCCUUUUUACGUAGUCGGGUUAAACUUUAUUUUUAUUUCGUUUCGUUUCGUCAACUCUCUCUAACUAAGUGUUAUAUGUUCUGCGUAGUCUUAGGUUCUCUUCAAAUCCUACAUUUUAAUCACAUGACUAGUCCUUCGUUUUACAACGGUCGGUCGGUGCGUCGUGCAAUAAAUAUUGAUAUUACUGUUUUACAUGACGAUAAUCUGGUUAAAACCGAAAAGUACCAAAAUGCUUGGACCUUGCUCACGAGAUUACCGCCAUGUGGAAUGUUAAGUCAACUAUUAUUGUUCCGAUAGUUGUUUUGUUUCAGUCAAUGGUCAUAAAGCGAAAAGCUUUAUGACCAUUCUUAAGGUGAUGGUUCAACCAUCACCUUAAGAAGCUUUCGCUUAACUAUUGGAUCAAGACUCAAGAGUCUGAUACAGAAGGCAGUUAUUCUUGAGACGGCGCGUAUUGUAAGGAAAUUCCUCUAUCUCUAUCUGGAGCCAGUUGCUUGGGCAGUCAAAUGUCCCCCACCGGGAGGGUUAAUUUUUUUUUAUAAAUAUUAUAAAAUUUUAAUGGUGUUUUGUAUUAAUUAAAUGUUAAAAAUUAAAAAAAGGACAAAUAAAUAAUUGUGUGAAAAACAAUAAAUAACUAGUAAGCUUAUAAGUCUUCAAAUACAAAAAGUAAAUAAAGAAAUAGAUACAAAAGACUUAAUAUAAACCUAGUAGGUAGGUACCUGCGCAGAAAUUGAUGAUGUUCCUUGAAGCAAAAAACAACAUCCUAACUUCCAUAAAUAGCAAGUACUACAAGUCGUUAACUCUCAUGAUUGCUAUUAACAACAACAAAAUAACAUCAAACUAUAUUACGCAAAAACGGUAAUAAAUUAAUUUUCACUACUCUUGCUUGAAAACACUGUCAUAUUACCACUCCACAGCGGGGCUCAACAAGCAUUUCAAAUAGUAAUAGGCCCAAAUAGUAAAUUAAUCUAAAGGGCCUUUAAAUUACGAGGAUAAAGUAUUUUUUUUUUAUUCUUAUGUGUUACGAGUACCUACUAGACAAGUACUAGCUUAGUAUAAAACGAAGGAAGUUUUAUUCGUAAAUAGAAUAAUUAUAGGUAAGGCCCUGAUUGUCUGAUAAAAAUAAAAUCUUGAAAUUGGAAUGAAAUGCAGCGUUCUUUCUGUGGAAUGCGUUAAUUUUUUUCAUGUGAUCUUUAUUGAAUUGCAAAUUUAAAGAGCAAGAUUUGAAGACAUGGCU